UGAUUUGGAGCUACAAAGAAAAACAUUUAAUACUAGAUUCAUGUAGAUUUCCCUCGCGAUAUGCAACCAGUGAUAAAUGUUACCACGUAAAGCAAAUGGGACCUAUUUGCUUUUACCUCUUAUUUAAAAAUAAAGAAAGAACAAACUGUAUAGAAAAAGAAGCAGGGGCUGGAUACUGGUGCUAUGAGAGUGAUCUUUGUCGAUAAAAGUAGCCUUUAACGAGACUGAUUGAGAGAGGCUUUGUCCUUUUGGCUUACUCUAUGGACACCUUAAGUUACUACGGAUGGAGUAGAUUCCUGUUCUCCUAAACAUACGUGGAAUUCACUUAAUAGAUAUAUUUCAUCCGUACACCUUCAGAACCACACAAAAUCAACAAAACUUUUUAAGAUCCACUACUUAGUUAAGAAUAGUAAAAAGGAAAAAUUAAAUCAAAUCUUACUUAGUUUUUUAUACGAGACCAAGCCAACUCAUCUAAGGAUGAGACACAGAAAACUAAAAAAAGAACAUCAUUAGAAACUUAACAUAUGAAUCUAAAGCAUGUGCAUAGCUUGAUAAUUUCUUCCAAGUGAAGAAAAACAUAUAUUAGAAGCCUUUAUAAUAUCGAAAGACACAGUGAGAUAUUAUCUGAAUAUUGUGCUGCUAUGUCAAAUUUGAUAGGGAAAGUUCAUGGCUACUCCAGUUAAAAUCUCAUGGGUCCUUGGUAGCAAUUCAGGGAGAUUUGAUUUGCUAAAGCCACAUGGCAGCAACUGGUAUGAUGGACCCCAUUUUCUAUAACAAAGUAUAUGAAACUGCAAAUUAAUUUAAUAAAAACAAGACACUAAAAGUCAAGGAGAUUAGUGUGUGCUUGAUCUUUAUAGCUUGUUCAUCAAACCAUAAUUAAGAAUUUUUUAAUAAAAACAAUCUUCCUCAUAAAAUAUAAGAUAAAUUGAAACCUUAGAGCAUGUUCAAUGGGGGUUCUUAACGGAAUAUAAGACUCAAUCUCUUAACUUUUAACUAAAAAAAGCUAAGAGCCGGUUCUUAAAUAUCUUAUUUAAGAACCGGUUCUUAACUUUUUUAGUUAAAAGUUAAGAGACGGGGUCUUAUAUUCCGUUAAGAACCCUCAUUAAACAUGCUCUUACCUUUACUCUAUAUAUACCAGGUCCAACAGAAACCUUGAACACCACAAAUCUACCUUAAACUCCAUGUAUGUUCCCACCAUGAAACAAACUAACAUCUUCCAAGAUAUUCUUGUAAGUUGUUACUCAAGAAGAUUACUACUUGAACAAUCACCAAGUCCGACACCGUCCCCAUAUGUAGAAGAUAACAACUUUGAUGCAAAUGUUGUUAUGGUCCUAUCAGUCCUCUUGUGUGCAUUCCUUUGCUCACUUGGACUCAAUUCUAUAAUAAGAUGUGCCUUGAUGUGCUCCAGUUUAGCACCAUCGGAAGCUGAUAACAACCAAACAGCAGCUCGCAUGACCAACACAGGAGUCAAACGGGAAGCCUUGAAGAGUUUCCAGACAAUAAGUUACGCUGCUGAUCUGAAUAUUCCUGGCCUAGACACAGAGUGCGUCAUAUGUCUCUCAGAGUUCGUAUCCGAAGAGCGUGUGAAGCUGCUACCGACAUGCCACCAUGGAUUCCAUGUCCGGUGUAUAGACAAGUGGCUUAGUUCACACUCAUCAUGUCCAACGUGCAGACACUGCCUCGUGGAGACCUGCCAGAAGAUUGCCGACUGCAGCCAAACAAGGUCGUUGAACCCUCCUCAACCACCACAAGACAGCAUCAUCGUGCAAAUAGCACCACUACAACCAGAAAGAUGGAUACGCUGUUUUAGGUAAUACUAGUCACCUAGAGAUAGUAGCAGUUAUCUUGUUUAAAACUACUAUGUGUUUAGAAUUAGUCAAGAUCACUAGCGGUCUACAAGUUUAGCAAUUCUACUGUAAAACUGUAAAUAUUACGAGAAAUGUUACUUUUUCUCAUCU